AUGCAAAGAAUUUCACGUGCACCGAAUGACGUACUACUAGCGGUGCGGAUCGAGCUGAAGCAGCAGAACUUGGAGCAUGGCGCCCGCUUUGUCCAGGAUAUCUCUGACCCAACCUCACCCAACUUCGGAAAGCACUGGACCGCCGAGCAAGUCAACAAAAAGUUUGCACCUCUACCAGUGACGAUCAACACCACUCUCGACUGGGUCCAUGCAGCUGGUAUCGAGAAGAGUCGCAUCAAGCUCUCGGCUGGAAAUACUAGAAUCAAGUUCUCAGCCACUGUCGGUGAGGUUGAGAAACUACUUCAAACGGAGUACCACAUGUUCCAAGAUAACCAAUCUGGCGAACACCAUAUUGGGGCCGAUGGUUACGAACUUCCACAGCACGUCAGUGAGCAUGUCAAUAUCAUCACGCCCACAACCGAGCUCGUCGGCCUGCAUCCAGUGGCUCGGGCAGCAACAGUGACAACGAAUCUGGCCGCCUACGACAAUGCUUCUGCCCUCGGUGGACCCGACGAUCUCUCAGACUGUUUGUCUCUUUUUACCAUCCACUGCUUGCGCGCGAUGUACAAUGUUCCCGUUGCCAGCCACAAUAAUACCGGAAACGAACUUGGUAUUGCCGCGUUCAAGGACUCGCUCUAUUACCCGGACCUUCCGGCAUUUUUCAAGAACUACACUUCUCCUCAGGUUCCACUGGAUGUCGAGCCAGAGUUCAUCUCCAUUGGUGGCGGCAAACCGGGGAACCUGUCUCAGGCAAUAGCUCGAGAUGUAACUGAGACUGCUUUGGAUGUUCAGACCGCGUACUCCAUCAUCUAUCCUCAACAGGUAAGAUUGUACACAACUGGCGAUUCGGAAGGUGUGCAGACUGUUGGUGGUUUCAACGCGAUUCAGGACGCCUUGGAUCCUUCGCACUGCCCUUCCCCGGGCGACAAUCGGCAGGGUGAAGGAAACACGGACGACCUGCAAUGCGGCGGUGCGCCCGUGAGCAAUGUCAUAUCCUUCUCGUACGUUAUAGAUGAGGCCGCACUUCCUCUGUCCCACGCAAGGCAUCAGUGUCAGGAGUGGAUGAAGCUAGCCUUGCAAGGCGUCAGCGUCAUUGUCGGGUCGGGAGACACCGGCGUUGGAUCUGGACUAGGCAAGGACGUCUGCAUGAAUGAUGAGGGCUCUUUGGUAUGGGCGAACGGCGCGCACUUUUCACCAAUGUUGCCUGGCGGCUGCCCCUAUGUCACCGUGGUCGGUGGAACGAGAAUGUGCAAUCGUACCAUUGCUGGCGGCGAGAAAGCAAUCUAUUUUUCUGGUGGUGGCUUUUCUAACAUCUUUCCCCGCCCAGGCUACCAGGACGACGCUGUCCUCAACUACCUUGACAACUUUGCUCCCGUAUACGGUCAAGAAGUCUAUAACCGCUCCGGUCGCGCAUACCCAGACGUCUCAGCCAACGCCCUCAACAUGCCAGUUGUAGUCCUCAACACUACGAGACCUCAAAGUGGUACGUCGGCUUCAGCACCGAUCUUUGCCAGCAUCGUCAAUCUGCUCAAUGAAGAGCGACUGAAGGCGGGGAAAGGACCUGUUGGCUUUCUGAACCCGAUCAUAUACAAGUAUCCGGAGAUGUUCAAUGACAUUGUUGAGGGCAGUAACCCGGGAUGCGGUACGAAUGGCUUUCCAGCGAGUCCGGGAUGGGAUCCGGCUACGGGACUCGGGACUCCGCGGUAUGAUAAGAUGCGAGAAGUGUUCUUGGCACUUCCAUGA